AUGAAUUCAUCAACGCCUGAGAAUCUCUGCCGUCGAUUUUCACUUCCUGAACUCAACUUAGCCACCGGAGAUUUCAGCGAGGAGCAUGUGAUUGGAAAUGGUGGUUUCAGUAAAGUCUACAAAGGCUUCAUUGAUAAUGACUCAAUUGUUGUGGCCAUAAAGCGGCGGCUAACAUCAGAUCCCAGCCAAGGCCAGACUGAGUUUACGGCGGAGAUUGAAACACUAAAAGAUGAUUCUUGGGGUAAUAUUGUUGGAGGAUCAACAACAAAGGAUGAAAAUGAGGUUGAAGUUGAUAAGUUGUCAAAGGCCAUCUUUGCCACAGCCAUUAUAGAAGAUGAUGUCCCUUUCGUUCUAUUCGGAGUCCUGAAAAAUGGAGAGGAUGUAACUAUUGAAAGGCUCCACUACAUGCCUAAGCAUGAAUUUAGAGCUAAGGAUUCAAAAUCAUUAUCCUGGGUGAAGCAUGAGAACGUGGUCAAACUUGUUGUUUACAAUUUGGAUGGCUUUGAGCAGGUCUUGGCGUAUGAUUUCGCUCCACGAGGGUCCCUAUACGACAUUCUUCAUCAACAGCAAGACAUAGGCACAUGCUCAAAGCGAUAUCCGGCUUUAACAUGGUCCCAAAGAAUCGAAAUCGCUCUUGGGUCGCAGGGAUUAUGCUACAUUCAUAGCAACGGACUGAUCCAUCAUAACAUCAGAUCCAGAAAUAUUUUAGUUUGUGAUGAUGAAACUGCUAAGAUAUUCAUCCUAGUCUAUGGACUCUAUGCUACUGUAUGGAUUAUUCUGCUGUGA